GCGGCCUCGGCCUGGCCCGGUGUCAUGGCGGCGACGGUGGAGCCCAGCCCGCUCCCGCCCGUCACCCGCACUCCGGAGGUCGACCCUGCGGCCUCCGAGGUAGCCAGCAGCGCCCUGCGCUCUCUGGCUGGGCUGGCGGGGCAGCUUAAUCUCGGAGAGGAUAUUGUGAAAGUUGUAAUCGAUUGGAACAAGCUUCAGAGCACAUCAGCACUUCAGCCAGCCUUGCUCUUUAGUGCACUUCAGCAGCAUAUUUUAUGUUUACAGCCUCUCUUAGAAAAACUCCAGUCAUUGAUCAAAGAGGAAAAUAUAGGCCAUGUUGAACCUGCAGGUAAAACAGAAAGCCAAACAAGUUCAGAAAUUUAUGAUGGUAAUAGUCAGACUGAAGAAAAAUAUGGAAGUUAUGACUCGAGAGAUCUGAAGGAUGCUCAUUUUAAUUUUGAUCCAGAAGUGGUCCAAAUAAAAGCUGGAAAAGCAGAAAUUGACAGGCGGAUAUCAGCCUUCAUCGAGAGGAAACAAGCUGAGAUCAAUGAAAAUAAUGUCAGGGAAUUUUGCAAUGUUAUUGAUUGUAAUCAAGAAAAUAGCUGUGCCAGAACAGAUGCAAUUUUCACACCCUAUCCUGGAUUUAAAAGUCAUAUAAAGGUUUCUAGGGUAGUAAAUACAUAUGGACCUCAGACUAGAUCUGAAGGAAUGCAUGGGUCCAGUCACAAAGCCAGUGUACCCAUGCAUGAUUGUGGAAACCAAGCUGUUGAGGAGAGAUUGCAAAACAUUGAAGCCCACUUACGAUUACAAACAGGUGGUCCAGUACCAAGAGACAUUUAUCAGAGAAUUAAGAAGCUUGAAGAUAAGAUUCUUGAGCUGGAAGGACUGUCUCCUGAAUAUUUUCAAUCUGUAAGCUGUUCUGGCAAGAGGAGAAAGGUUCAGUCUCCCCAUCAGAGCUAUUCACUGGCUGAACUUGAUGAAAAGAUCAAUGCUAUAAAACAGGCAUUACUGAGGAAAACAAAAGAAAGCAAGUUCAAGGAGGCUGAGCAGCUUCUUCGAUAAAAGUGUUUUCAGAAUCCUCGUCAUGAUUUACACAUACCUGAACCAUAGACCUGAGUAGUGUUCAUCAGAGAUGACUAGCAAUGAAGACAAAGCAUGCAUAUAUGCUUCUUUUGGAUGAUCUUGAAAGCUUUCUUUCAGAGUAACUUGUUUAAAAGCAGCCUUAUUAAUGAAAUAGUUACUUUUAAAUGAAGAAUGUUUCAGGAAUGUCAUUCUGAUAAUCCGUACCCUUCUGUUAUAAAGGAGGACUGCAGCAUUGUUUGUAUGUGAAAAGUCUUAACCUGCACUCAAAAGCUACAUCUCACGUGUAAGUCUUGGUGACUAAGUAUUCAAAAGAACUAUCUUUUGGAUACUGUUUGCACAGACUUGUGAAAUUAAAUUGAAUACUUCCUCAAAAAUAAACUGACUUUGGGAAAAAAUUGCCAUAGUCUUGCAGAAUGUAUGCUUACCUGUGGGUUUUUUCUGUAUUUGUCACUGUUUUCACAGCUGUUAGAAAUGCAGAAAACUGCAUUUCUGUGUGACAGAAAUGUUUAUGGAAAUCUUAUAUGUGUAAAUAAAAACAACUGUUCUUCACUUCUUCAGUAUCUUGUGGGAAUUCAAAUUUCAUAACCUGUUCACAAGCAAUGUAUUCCAAAAACCUUCCCAGAGGAGAUUUUGAGAAGCAUGCCAGCAAGGCACCAACUUCCCUUCCAUAUGCAUGCUUACAUGACUUUUGAAGCAUGGAUGCUAGCUUAGAGUCUGACCUUUCACCAGACAGUGAAGUGAGAUUGUGUUGUGACUUAUAAUUUGGUUUUGUUUGCUUGUUUUUUAAUAAACCAUUUUCUAUUUAU